CAAGCCGCUACCAAGAUCAGGCGAGAUUUAGUGUCCCGCCCCGAAGAUCCGGGAUUGAGAUUCCACCAGACUCGGGUCAUUCACCGACAGGUCACAUCAAUUCAGCACACCCCUUUGUUAAUGACUGCUUGACGGCCGGAUUGGUCUGGCAACAUACUCUUUUCCUGCAUGUAGUGGUGGUGCUGCUUGUUAGACCGCCCUGCCCCCAACCCUGUCGCCAUCUUUUGUUAAAUACCUAGGUAAAUAGCCUAGUUCACGGCAAGACAUUGACAAUUGUGUCCUUUCUGAGCAAGUUCAGUACCAUAAUUUCAUCAUGGCAGACUCGGCAGACACCGCAGUUUUGAAAACGCCCGUCGAGCAUCCUCUAGAGUCAAGUAAGCCCAAGCCGGCCAGUGAGCUUACCGACGACCAGCUUCAGAAGUACGAAUGGCUGUUGAACCAGGUCAAGCACUGGUCCCAGCCAGACUCGGGGGUCACGGUCCCCAAGGACGCGCCAAAGGAUCUCACAGAUGACGAGAGGCGCUGGCUCACAAGAGAAUGCCUUCUCCGCUACCUUCGCGCCACCAAGUGGGCCAAAGAGCACUCGGAGAAGCGUCUGAUAUCCACGCUGCUCUGGCGCCGCGAGUUUGGGGUCUACGAGAAGUUGACGUCGGACCACAUCUCGCCCGAGAACGAGACGGGCAAGCAGCUCAUCCUGGGCUACGACAAGGAGGGCCACCCGUGCCAGUACCUGAUACCAGGGCGCCAGAACACGGAGCCCAGCCACCGCCAGGUCGAGCACCUCGUCUUCAUGCUCGAGCGCACCAUCGAGCUCAUGCCCCCCGGCCAGGAGAUGCUGGCGCUGCUCAUCAACUUCAAGACCAGUGCCACCAGGUCCUACACGGCACCGCCGCUGAGCCAGGCCAAGGAGGUGCUCAACAUCCUGCAGACGCACUACCCCGAGCGCCUGGGCAAGGCACUGAUCAUCAACGUGCCGUUCCUGGUCAACGGCUUCUUCAAGCUCAUCAGGCCGUUCCUGGACCCCGUCACCAAGGAGAAGAUGAAGUUCAACGAGGACAUGAAGCAGUACGUCCCCGCGGAGCAGCUGUGGACCGAGUUCAGCGAUGGCUCUCUCAAGUUCGAGUACGACCACGCGGUCUACUGGCCGGCGCUCCAGAAGCUGUGUGAGACGAGGAGAGAGUCCGAGAAGAAGAGGUGGGUGGAGGGCGGCAGCGUCAUCGGCGAGUCGGAGCUGUACCUCAAGGGCGCCACCGAGAAGGGCGUGAGCAGCCUUGUCGACGAUGCGGCCGAUGCUGUCAAGGAGAAGCUCGCCGUCGGAGACGGUGAUGCGCAAACAGCAGGUAAUGGUGCAGUCGAGGAACAGCCUGCAGCAGUGGGCAGCGCGGCGUGAGAGACUGAGGUCGAGAAUAUCUGCUUGGAUUGGAGCCGGGACAUGUCCUCCAAAUGAAAUGUAAUAUGCUCACUGCAUACUGAUGAAGAAGAUUUCAAAGCGCGAUAGAUACCUCUCCCGUAAUUAGAAUAAGUUUAUUUUUAUUUUUUUCCCUCCG